AGAUGCUGCGCCAAGCUAUUUCUAAUAAAGGACAGAGAAAGUCACAGUGAAUGACAUGUUAACAACCACAAUUGUGUUUUGAUAACUUUAAUAAUUGUUUACAAGAUUUAUUGUUGUUAUUAAUGACUUGCUUAUAAGUGAGGGAUACGAAGAGUUCCAGUGUACUUUCAUGAGGCUUGAAAUAAUUAAUAAUUACGUAACCUGCAAUUUUAAAUGCUGACAAUAACAAAUAAUAUUACACUGUUGUAGAUUUAAUAUAGAGAACAUGUUUCAGUUUUGUAUUAGGAAUUUAGAAUUUGCUUACGAUAAAGUUAACAAAGUGAAUGGAAAGCAAACAAUACAUUUAUUUAUGUGUAAACAUGAUGUUAAAUUCUUAUAUACUAGCGUACAUCAUGAAUCAGGGUCUAAUAAAGUAACAUCAGAAUCUAACGAUAAUGUUGAUUGUCCUUUGCUUGAAGAGACCAAUGCACAGGGUAGCAAGCAAAAUAAAAAACUUCUGAAAUUGCAAGCAAAUAAAUUAUUUAAGAUAAAAGAAGAUUUUCAAUCGUUCCCUAUUCUUGGUUCUGCAAUACCAGAUGAUUAUGGAAUAUUUUAUGAAGGAACUGAUAAGAAUUUGAAAGUUCCAAGUGUAACGCAUAUUCUUAAUCAGACUAUGCCUUUCCAUGCAAGAAAGGCUCUAGAGAUAUGGAAGAAGGGUAUUAUUGAUGAGUUUGGAGAAGAGUAUUUUAAAGAAUUUUCUGCAGGCUUAUUGAGCGAUGGUAAAUUAUUUCACUCGUGCAUAGAAAGUAUUUUGCAGGGUAAUGAAGAAGUGGAAGUUUCUCCUAAAAUCGAAUUAGCAUAUUCUAGUGUAAAACCAGUGUUGAAAAAUAUAACAUCUGUUGAAGCAACUGAGACUCCUGUGACACAUCCAAUGUUGAGAUACAGGGGAAUUGUAGACUGUAUUGCUUGUUAUGGAAAUGAUGUAUGUGUAAUUGACUGGAAAACGUCAAAGAAACCAAAAACGAAAUUGAGAGAGACUUAUGAUGCACCUGUACAACUUGCUGCAUAUAUAGGUGCUAUAAAUGCUUCCCAGCAGUAUCCAUCCCCGAUCGACAAGGGGUUGGUAGUUAUUGGUUACACAGAUGGUAAGGAUGCAACUGUUCACGUAUUGGAGAAAGAUACAUUGCAAGAGGCAUGGAAAGAAUGGCUAAAAAGACUAGAACAGUAUUAUAUAAAUUUAAAUAAAAAACAAGAGGAGAAGUAGUAUACAUUUUUUAAUUAAACAAUUCUAUGACAU